GUUUUUGAUCACGUGUGUAAAAAAUGGCGAGCGGCAAAUUGUUGAAGUUGCCACAAAAUGUUUACAAACCUCAGCUUAAUAAUGUAAUGCAAGAUGAGAAAGUGAAGAAAAAUAUCGAAAACGUUUUUCAACGAAAGAAUAAAAAUAUAGAUUCCGGAACCCAGGACAUAAUUGAUUGUUCUUCUUUCCCGUUCCCUUAUUGUGUCAUAAAGGACUUUCUUUGUUUGCCAACAAACAAUGAUCCAGCCAAUGAGUUUGUCGCCCAGCUUCGACAACAAUUACUUAAAUUAAGCUUCACCCCAAAAUCGAACGAUCUUUAUAAAUUCUCGCAAACAUCUGAACUUGUUGGGAAACCUGAAGAUAAAGGGGAAACCCUCAACCCCAUUUCCAAUCUCCUCCCUCACUUUACAUCCCUGCUGCGUAAGAAGUUGUUGCCGUGGUUACGUGAGGUCACUUCAAUCGAACUUAACGAUGACGUCGACAUGUUUUGCGCUCAGUAUUCAGACACAGAUUAUUUGCUUUGUCAUGAUGACGAGCUUGAAUUUCGCCGAGUCGCUUACGUUUAUUAUCUGACACCGGAUUGGUCGAUGGAAGAGGGCGGGGCACUUCAACUUUUUGAUUCAAAACAGUUUGAAAAUAAUGGAACAACCAUAUAUGAUCCCACCUCUGUGGUUCGCUCGAUCGUCCCGACUUUUAAUUCUUUGGUUUUAUUCGAAGUUUGCCCAACUUCUUUCCACCAGGUGCAGGAGAUUGUUACAUCAUCAAAGACGCGAUUGUCACUCACGGGUUGGUUUCACGGCCCCACGAAGCCACGACCUCCACGAGUGACAGACGCCAUGCCACCAAUGAACCAUUACUUGCCAUCGAACGAGAACACCCCGUUACUCCCAGAAUGGUUGGAUCCAUCUUACCUCAACAUUGGAACACAAGCCACGAUACAAGAACAAUUCACCGAAGAUUCAGAAAUUCAAUUGAACAACUUUUUAUUGCAAGAAAAAUACAACGCCCUUUGUGACGCGGUUAAAUUUCUACGAAACCGCAAGGAAUUAUGGGAAACCUGCGGACCACCGAGCAAACAGUUUUACCAUAAAUUAAAGAUUUCUAUGAAUGAUCAACCAACCGCGACUAACGAAGAUCCCUCUAUGACAUCGUCAAUGACGAUUGUUCGCGAUAUAAUUCAAUUGUUUCAUUCCGAGGAAAUGUUUUUGUUUCUUUCAAACGUAACAGGAUUAUCGUUUCACCCAAUGACAAUCGAUUCGGACGAUGACGACGAGGAAACAAACGGGAAACGACAGAAACUCGAUGAGGGGCUGGUACCAGGGACGUACUCGACUUGCAGGUUCGAGGUCCGCCGUUGGGAGAAAGGAAGUUACCGAUUGUUGCGCGACAACGAUUACGAACGUGGAGAGUUUUCAUUGGACGUCAAUCUGUUUCUUAACGUCGGAGAUUGGUGUGAAGACAAUGGGGGUUGUUUGUCGUAUAUCGCUGACAAUGAAGACGAGGAGUUACUUACAAUUGUGCCGAGUUCGAACAAUUUAUCCGUGGCGUAUCGGGACAGUGGGGCGAUUAGGUUCGUUAAGUAUAUAAACCAUCUUGCCCCGCAUGAAAUAUAUGAUGUUUCUAUGUCUUAUGUUCAAUAGCUGAGCAGUGUUGCACGUUCGUAUUUUAAAUAUUUUUUAUUUGGAAACACUGGGUUUCUAUUGUUUGAUUAUGUUAUGAAAUAAAUAACUGCCAGCACUGUAGGAGUUU